GCGCGCUAGGGGCCCCGGGGAGCAGGGUAGAAGAGAGCCACCGCUGCAGCACCCGCGGGGCCGGCCUGGCUCUUCGGCUCGGCCGGCGGAGCGGGUCGGCGUCCAGCUCCUGCGCCGAGAAUGAAUGCGGGAAGGGCACGAACGCGGCCGUCGAUUAAGGACAGCGGCUGUCUGAAGGGCUCUCUGGAUUUUGCUGUCUCUCCUAUCUGCCAGAGAGUGAAAGGCCAUGGAGACAGCUGAGACACAAGUUCACUUCCAGUUGCUGCAAGCCGAUUUGAUAAACUCAAGCCCAUGGUCUGAAGGAAGAAGAGAUGGUACAAAUCUCAUGAGGCUUUAGCUUCAUAAAAGUGAUGAAUACUGGUGCGCUUCAAACUCAGCAAUAUUGCAUCCACCUCCACAAAGGGAUUGGAGAUGAAAGUGCUGCCUGAGGCGUCUGUUUGUAAUGAUUAGAACUGAAGAUGCCACGAAGUUCACAAGGACAUCUGCUUUUGGUGCUGCUUGCGUGAGAGUAAAGAGAUCUGUGAAGCUAUAAGCUGGGCUUUGACAAUCAAUUUGAUUGACUUCAAAGUUGUGGAUGUUCUGCAUCCGAUUGCUGUUCACCUCAUUUACUGAUUGUCAUGGCAACAGUAGGAAAGGCUGUCCUGAGCUGCUACUGAUCCCUGUCUGCAGUGCACAUCUGCUGCCUCCCCCUCUUGUUCCUGCUGUAGGUAGUGCUGGUGUGCUAAAAAUGCAGCAGAUGAUGCUGGGUGCAUUGCUGUUGAUGCUGUCCAUCUCCAAGGCCCCUUCCAUGAAGGAGUUCUGAGGGUUGUUGUGCAGAGCAAUGGACUUGGACCCCUAUGCCAGCAUGCAGGUUGGGAUGCGGGUAGUUCGUGGAGUGGACUGGAAGUGGGGCAGCCAGGACAGCGGUGAAGGGAACGUUGGGACUGUGGUUGAGAUCGGUCGGACAGGCAGCCCCACCACCCCGGAUAAGACUGUGGUCGUGCAGUGGGAUCAAGGCAACAGAACCAACUAUCGGACUGGGUUUCAAGGAGCUUACGACCUUCUUCUGUAUGAUAACGCACAAAUAGGCGUCCGUCAUCCCAACAUCAUCUGUGACUGCUGCAAGAAGCAUGGCAUACGAGGGAUGCGCUGGAAGUGCAAGAUGUGCUUCGACUAUGACCUGUGCACACAGUGUUACAUGAACAACAAGCACGAUCUGUCGCAUGCCUUUGAGCGCUAUGAGACGGCGCACUCGCAGCCAGUCCUAGUGAGUCCUCGACAGAAUCUGACUCGCAUCACGUUAAAAGGGACUUUCCAGGGGGCUAAAGUAGUCCGUGGCCCAGACUGGGAAUGGGGUAACCAGGAUGGUGGUGAAGGUAAAACUGGACGUGUGGUUGAUAUUCGUGGCUGGGAUGUGGAGACUGGACGUAGUGUGGCCAGUGUCACAUGGUCUGAUGGUACCACAAAUGUCUACCGAGUUGGACACAAGGGAAAAGUGGACCUGAAAUGUACUGUGGAGGCAUCCGGUGGCUUCUACUACAAAGAGCAUCUCCCAAAACUAGGAAAACCAGCUGAACUGCAGAGGAAAGAAAGCACAGACAGGCAUCCAUUCCAGCAUGGGGACAAAGUGAAAUGCCUGCUGGACAUCGACAUCUUGCGGGAGAUGCAGGAGGGCCAUGGGGGCUGGAAUCCUAAAAUGGCUGAGUUCAUUGGCCAGACGGGGACUGUGCACAGAAUCACGGACAGAGGAGAUGUGAGGGUCCAGUUCAACAGUGAAACCCGCUGGACUUUCCAUCCUGGAGCUCUGACGAAGCUCAACACCUUUUGGGUUGGUGAUGUUGUCCGAGUGAUUGAUGAUAUGGAAACAGUGAAGCGAUUCCAGCCUGGUCAUGGGGAGUGGACAGAUGAAAUGGCACCUACCCUAGGGCACAUUGGCAAAGUGAUCAAAGUGUAUGGGGAUGGAGAUCUGCGAGUGUCAGUUGGAGACCAGUCCUGGACAUUUAACCCAGCUUGCCUGACAGCCUAUCAGAGAGAUGAGGAAGCAAAUCUCAUGACAACAGAGAAUGCAAAGGAAUCAAAAAGCACUUUGAUUACUGUGUUGGAGAAACUGUUGUCUCAGAAGACAGAAUCAGACCAUGCAGGGUGUUUGGUUAUUUGGGCAGCACUCAACAAUGCAGCCAGAGUUCGGGAGCUCCUUCAGAAGUACCCAGACAAGGUCGACAACAAGAAUCAGGGCAGAACUGCACUCCAGAUUGCCUCCUAUCAGGGGCAUCUGGAUGUUGUGAAGAUUUUGCUGCAGGCACAUGCCACUGUCAAUCUGAGGGAUGAAGAAGGGGAUACAGCACUGCACUACGCAGCUUUUGGAAACCAAGCUGAUGUUGCCCGUGUGCUUAUUGCUAAAGGAGCUGGUGCAGACCUGUUAAACAAUGCCAAGUGCACAGCUUUGUAUGUUGCUGUCAGUCAAGGCUUCACAGAAGUGGUGCAGGCCCUCUGUGAACUCAACUGUGAUGUCAACCUCCCAGAUUCUCAUGGAGACACCCCCCUGCAUUAUGCUAUCACUGCAGAUUACAAAGUCAUCAUUGAGAUUCUCACUGAGGUACCCAACAUUGAUUUCACUGUCCAGAACUGUCAAGGCUUCAAUCUGCUCCACUAUUCUGCUCUAAAAGGCAACAAGCUAGCCAUAAAGAAGAUUCUAGCAAGAGCUCGACAGUUGGUUGACUCCAAAAAAGAAGACGGCUUCACUGCCCUGCACCUUGCUGCUCUCAAUAAUCACAAAGAAGUGGCAGAAAUUCUCAUCAAAGAGGGUCGCUGUGAUGUCAAUGUCAAGAACAGCCGGAACCAAACACCUCUGCACCUCGCUAUCAUCCAGGGACAUGUAGGGCUGGUGCAGCUGCUGGUCAGUGAAGGCAGCGAUGUAAAUGCUGAAGAUGAGGAUGGGGACACAGCCAUGCACAUUGCCUUGGAACGGCAGCAGCUGAUGUCAGUCCUGAUGGAGAAGCGUGAAGGGGAGAUGGGGUCGUCCCUCUUCUCCAAGCUGCAGGCUUCUGGCUUUCUUGGAAAUGUAGAGCUGAAUGUUGGAACUGCAAUUGCAUGUUACUUAGCACAGGAAGGAGCAGAUAUUAAUUAUGCAAACCAUCGGGGAAAGUCUCCUUUAGACCUUAUUACAGACGGAAGGAUUGUCCAAAUCAUCAAAGACUUCUCACAGAAAUUCAGGGAACAGCAGGUUUCUUCAGACUGCUCAGCCAUCACCUGCAGCCUUCGCCGCGUGCAUACCACUCCCAAUACGAUGACCAAUCUUAGUGUCUCAAGUGUGGCAGUCCCCACAGAGUGCCUGGUCUGCUCAGAGCUGGCCUUGCUCAUCCAUUUCUUCCCAUGCCAGCACAGUAUUGUUUGUGAGGAAUGUUCCAGAAGAAUGAAGAAGUGCAUCAAAUGUCAAGUGACGAUAACCAAAAAACUCAAGCAAGACAGCACCGAGGUGGAGUGCAGCCCAAGCUCUGAGUCCACAGAUCAGAGGAAGCUGAUGGAGGAGCUGCAGAACCGCUACCGGCAGAUGGAGGAGCGCAUCACCUGCCCUAUUUGCAUCGAUGACCAAAUCAAACUGGUCUUCCAGUGCGGACAUGGCUCUUGCCCAGACUGCAGUACAGCUCUUACUGUGUGCCCCAUCUGCCGGCAGGCUAUCCGGGAGAGGAUUCAGAUCUUUGUCUAAGGAAACACUUGCUUCCCUUCCCGUUCCCACCUCCUUUACAUCCUUUUUGUUCGCAUUACAGAUGAAAAGCGCUGCUCGGUCUGGCUUCCAGCAAAGCCAGUGUGAAAGAGGGGGAAAACGUGACUCGGGUGAAGGUGGAGGGGAGGGAGCGUCCUCCAUUGCAGCAUCAUAAGGGUGAGGAGCAGUGCUGGAGGGCAGUCACCUCACCUUGUGCUGCCUGUCCAUUGGAAAGACACAAAGUAACGAACGCUGAACUGUCUGAAGGCAGAAGAGGCUUUCAGACCAGAGACUUCCACGUGCAGAUGUUUGCAGAGGCCUCCUGCUCCAGUGACUGCAUCCUGUCUGCUGCCUGCAGUGUCAGAUUUGCAGCCUUGCGAUGCUGUAGAAGGAUAUUUGUGGUACCUCAGCAGGCACAGCAAAUGCUUGCACUUUGUGCAAGGAGAUACCAGAGGAGAUCAGUUGUGGCCAUCAGUCCUUGGUGCCUGUCAGUGGUAGGGAGGUAAUGUCCUAAGACAGCAUGCUCUCUGAACUGGUACUUCAAGGCUCAACAAGAUUUGGACUGACAGACAAAUCUGGCUGUGAUGAGAUCCUAGAGACAGAGUGUGUGUGCCUUAGAGAUAAAGUAGUGAACACUGAUCAGAGAAAACACGUUACAACAAAAACUUCUCUAAGUGACAUUCUUCCAUAUUUUAUUUUUUGCACAACUGUGUUCAGAGACUCCUGAGCUUUCUAACCAUAACGCCAAAGGCAGGUGUUAAAUGCUCCAAUCGAAGUGUAAAGUAAAUAGAGUAAUAAUGAAGAAAUGAGAAGGAUUUCAUUUUUCUUUGUUUUGCAGCAGAACUUAAUAAAAUAAAAUUAUAUUUUCCUGAGCAUUAAAAUGAAUGUACAAACAGUAGCUGAAAUAUGGAUCUGGCUGUACUGUGUUUUCCAACUGUGUGACUGAAGAAAUAUUACCUGGUGAAUCUGUCCUGUAAAGUAACUUGGCAGAAGUGGCAUCCUGUAGGGCUAGUGUGCCGUGUGUGUAUGUAUACAUAUGUCUGUGUGUGUGGUGUAUAUCCUUGAUGACACAAUUAUACACAAGUGAUGCUGUUUGUUUUACCUUGCAAGCACUAUUUAAGAAAAAAAACCAACACCAAUACUGUGUUCCUCUGCUAUCUUUUUUCACUCAUAAAGAGAUGGCAAAUAUUGGAAUGAAUGAAAUCUUUGUGCAAUAUAUGGUAGCUACAGACAUGUCUGUUACUUCAUCAUGAUUUCUUGGUGCUGUGAGAAA